AUGAAGUUUCAGGGCUCCCUGGCCUGCCUCCUGCUGGCCCUGUGCCUGCAGAGUGGGGGGGCCGGCCCUCUGCUCAGUGGUGGGCAGGGUGUUGGGGCUGCCAUGGGGGAGGCUGCUGGCGAAGGGGCUGAAGUGAGGGGGGCCGUGGACCCUGCCGUUGGCGAGGUGAUCAACCGGGGUGUCGAGGAAGCAGUCCACGCCCUGGGGAGUGAGGCUGGCAGAAAGGCCGAGGAGCUCCUUCGGCAGGGAGCAGGCUUUGCCCACGAGGCCUGGCAGGGCCUGCCUGGUGGCAACGGUGUUUGGGGAACUUCUGGGGGACACAACCUGCAGGGGAGCCUCAACGGAAUCCACAGCCAAGGCAACCCCAGCCCGCCCGGGACUCCCUGGGGCCAGGGCAAUCCCGGGGGUCCUGGGGCUCCCUGGGGCCAGGGCUACCCUGGGGGUUCUGGGAACCCCUGGGGUCAGAGUUAUCCCGGGGGUCCUGGGGCUCCUUGGGGCCAGAGCUCUCCUGGGGGUCCUGGGGCUCCCUGGGGCCAGGGAUCCUUCGGUGGCGCAAACGGCAACUUUGGAAGUAACCCUCAGGGAGGUGCCUGGGGUCAAGCUGGCAACGCAGGAGGGUCCUACCACUUGGGGCCCAAUGCACAGGGAGCUGUGGCCCAGCCUGGCUAUGGUGCAGUGAGGGGCGGCGGCAACUCCAACAAUGAGUGCACUAACCCUCCACCCUCGGGGAGCUCCAGCAGCGACUCCGGGGGCAGCCACGGCAACGGUGGCGGCAACGGCGGCAACGGUGGCAACGGUGGCAGCCACGGCAAUGGUGGCGGCAACAACGGCGGCGGCAGCAACGGCGGCGGCAACAACGGCGGCGGCAGCAGCUACGACAGCAGCAACUACGGCAGCAGCAGCUACGGGGGCGGCAACAACGGCGGGGGCAACAACGGGGGUAGCAGCGGCAACAGCGGCGGCAGCCACAACGGGGGCGGCAACGGUUCUGGCUCCAGCUCUGGCUCCAAUUCCGGCUCUUCCUCGGGCAGCAACGAUGGUGGAAACAUACCUGGGUGUGAAAACCCAGAGAAUGAAGUUCGUGUGUUUGGAGGAUCUGGGGGUCAGGGCCUCAGGGGGAUACAGGGUAGCAGUGGUGGUGGCGGCGGUGGCAACGGCGCUGGCAGCAGCAGGGAAUUCAUCCAAGAUGGUGGCCGCCUCUUUGCAAACCCCCAAGGCAAUUACCAGGGGCAGAACUACUACGGAGGAGGCGUACCCGCCGAGGGCCUCAGUGCCAUGAACUCUCGGACCUCUUCCGGGCUCUUCGACUUUGACACUUUCUGGAAGAAUUUGAAGUCCAAGCUGGGUUUCAUUAACUGGGAUGCCAUCAACAAGGGCCAGGGGCCGGCCCCCAGCACCCGAGCACUCCUCUACUUCAGCCGCCUCUGGGAGGAUUUCAAACACAACACGCCUUUCCUGAACUGGAAAGCCAUCGUGCAGGGUGCAGAGGCCCCGUCUGUCCGGAAGAGGGCGAGCAGGGCUGCCCAGAACUACAACUACUACCCGCAGCAGCAGCCUUACCCCACCGCCCCGGGGGCAAAGUACCCGUACCCGUAUCCGAACAAUGUCCCUGCCAAGGGGGGAGCUGGGCUUCCUUCCUCGGCUUCCCGGGUGCAGCCUGGUCUCCUGGGGUGGCUGAAGUUCUGGUAGAAACGUGCUUCUAAUCCCGACUAAGGCCCUGAAAAUUCCAUCACCUUGGAGCCCCGCCACGUUGCCCUCCGGCUCCCCCCAGGCUUCAUCUCGACGGGGAAGCUUGGCCGGUGGGUUCCCUCGUUCCUCCCCUCUGGCCACCAGCCUCCUGGGGCGAAAGGCGCCUUCUUACCCGUCCGCAUUCGUCAUCCUGACUGCAACACGGCAAUUCCUGGGGCGGGGAGGAACCGCCUA